AUUGCACAUUCCCGCCGCCUGGAGUGGCGCCCAACACUGAGAGAGAAGAUAUGUGAGUUCAUGUAUGAAAGCGUUGCAGGCCACUGGAGGGUAGCCCACGAUACAUAAAAGAGCUAUGACCACCAAGAAGCCUUUGCCAGCUUCAUGUAACUCCAAGAUACAAGAAAAGAUCCUUUCUUCUCCAGUUGGCAACAUAUUAGUGACUUUGUGUGAGGAAGGCUUGCAUUCAGUUGGUCUGGAAGGAGACAUAUCAGAUGAAAAUUUUUCUCCAAAUGAAAGUGAAGUAAUCCAGUGGGUGGAUGAAGAUAAUCCAGCACAGACAAAGGUGCUUACAGACUGCCUUUCCUGGUUCCAAGCUUAUUUUAAAGAUCCAGCUUUGAUAGACACUGUGCCUCGACCUGAAAUCUGUUGCCUUAGAAAAUCAGAGCUUGGCUUCCGUGCUCGGGUCUGGCAGACUCUUGCUGAUACAGUGGGUCCUGGGAAAGUGAUCACCUAUGGUGCCCUUGCAGCUAGGCUUGAAAAUCCAGGAGCUGUGAGAGCUGUCGGGUCAGCAAUGCGCAACAAUCCUGUUGGUAUCAUUGUUCCAUGCCACAGAGUUGUUCGUUCCAGUGGCAUGGGUUUGUACCAUGGUGGGAAGCGGCAGACUAUGAAGAAGUGGUUAUUGAGGCAUGAAGGGGUUGAUAAGUUUUAAAAGUUUUGUGGUAGACAUAUUUUAUCAUAAGAGAUUUGAUAACUGGUUGCUAUUCCUUAGAAAUUAAGUAAAAUAAAAGAUUUGAAAGUUACUUUAUUUGUACAGUACCAGGAUUAUUUGAAAAAAAAAAAAAAAUAUAUAUAUAUAUAUAUAUAUAUAUAUAUAUAUAUAUAUAUAUAUAUAUAUAUAUAUAUAUAUAUAUAUAUAUAUAUAUAUAUAUAUAUAUAUAUAUAUAUAUAUAUAUAUAUAUAUAUAUAUAUAUAUAUAUAUAUGAGAAAGCUCCUUUGCCAGUUUUGUUAUUACUUUAAUUCAGAGGUAAAGUAGAUGCUAUCAAUUUAAGACAAAGAAGACUCAUCAUCAUAUGGAAUAAUUGUGGUAGAAUACUGAGUAAAUAUUAGCUGGGUGGCAUGAAAUGAGUAUGGUGGUUGAAUCAUGUUAACAAUAAAAAUUAAAGGUUUUUCUGCAUUGGGCAUGCAAAUAAGUCAUCAGUUCAAGUAUUUUAUAUGAGAAGGAAAACCUCAUUUUAUAAUUCAUUAUUUUUAUGAAUAAAAAAAAUCAUUUUCACAUUAAAUGUUUUCAGAUAACUUUCAUAUUUAUAACAACAGUAAACACAUUGCAUAUCCUCUGAAUGAUUAUGAUGUUUUCAAUCAUAACCAUAAUUUCCAGUAAACCUCAUUUUUACCAUAUGCUGUUUGGCUGCAUAUGGUAAAGCAACUUAAAAAUGUUGCAUAUGGUUGGUAGCAACUUAAAAAUGCUCCUGUAUUUAGUGUUUUUUAACAGUCCUUAGUCCAGUGCAGAAUUUCGCUUCCUCUUUCGUGGUGGGGAUGUAGAAUGGCCAGAGAGGAUCUUUCUGCAGCCUGUUGUUGGAAUUUUUAUUUUUCUAUUUUUACUUAUUCUGCUUUUAUGAACAACAGGAUAAAAAUAUAAUAAUGCAGUUGUAAUUCAAUAAAAAAUUUUUGCCA